AUGGCGCCGCGCCGUCGACAGACGGCGGAAUCCGCAGUGGCAACGCUGCUCCACCUUCCUCCCGAGAUAUGCGCUUUGAUAUGUGCCGUUGUUGAACCUAAGACGUUAUUCGCCCUGGCGCGUGUAUCGCGCACGUUUCGCGACGAAGCACAAAGACUCAUCUUCCAGAGCGUUGACCUGCGCGAUAGCGGGAAGGCGCUGGCGGGCUGGUGUCGGGCCGUCUCCCGCAAUGCCCGGCUGGGCGGAUACGUACGGCGGUUCACGAUCUCCUCGCGGGAGGUCGUCGCUGGCUCAGACGACCCCGCCCGCGUGGCACGUGCGCUGAAGAAGUGCACCGGCCUGCAGCGCCUGGCGACGUGGGUCAUCGACCACGUGUCCUUCCGCCUAACCCACUUCUCCAACUCGCACUUUCGCUUUGCGUUCCUGCGGCAAUUUUUCAACCGCCAGACGGACAUCCGCGUGUUGUCGCUGCCAAUGAUGCCGGUGGGGCUCCUGGACGGCGCAUUUCCCUGCUCAGACGACCAGCUGCCGAAGCUGAUUGCUCUGGAGGUGCCCUCCACAGACCUGCUUCCAACGGAGCCACGGCCGCUGCAGCGCAUCCAGCUCCGCCUCACCCACCAGUACAUUCCACGCGAUCUCACCCGCCUCCAGCUAUUUGCGGCGACGCUCACGAGCCUCAGCAUCUCCGAGGUGGCCGUCAUAUCCCUCGAGGAGACUUUUGCCGCGAUCGCCCAGGCGGUCCCGCACCUGCAACAUCUGGCGCUGACCGAGAACCUUGUCCCCUACUUUGACGAGAGCGACGAGCAAUUCCGGCGCACCGAGGUCCAGCCGGCCCCCCGCGCCGCCCUCCCGCGGCUGCGCCAGCUCAAAACGCUCGUGCUCUACCCGCUCCUUGAGCCUGAGCGCGUCGCGGAGCUCUUCCUGGAGAUCGCGCCGGGGCUGAAAACGGUCACAAUCGGGGCGUACGCCGGGUCGCCGCGCUGGCGGCUCGUGGCUGCGGAGACAACGUGCACCCUCACCCGCGGGGAGGGAUCCGCGGCACAUACGGUGAAGAUUGGAAACGGGUACGACUUCAAUGCGGUGUCGCAAUUCUGGGAUUAG